CGUUCAAUAGGGGAGGGAGUAGCCGGUUGACUGACUCAUUCUGUGGCUCCGGUCCCCGGAGAAGAAGUCAAAACACAAACAGGCUUGAAGAGCUUGCAGAGUCAGCCCAGCGGGGCCACAGCGCACAAGCCCGGGCAAGAGCUGCCCUCUGAGCUCUGGUAGAUAGCAUGAAGGGCCCCAGCCUCCUCCAGACACUUUGGAGACUCUUGUUCUCCCUGUCUGUGGUCUUGGCUGCCUCUGGUGAGGAUUGUGAUCCCAGCCUGUGUCUGAAUGGAGGUACUUGUCUGAAUGGAAGUGAGAGUUCCACUUUCUACUGCCUCUGUCCUGAUGGAUUCACUGGGCAGAACUGCAGUGAGACUGAGCAAGGGCCCUGCACUCCCAAUCCCUGCCAAAACAAUGGCCAGUGCCGAGUGGUGACUGAGUCCCGGCGAGGAGAUGUCUUUGCCCAGUAUGUCUGUGACUGUCCUGAAGAAUAUGAGGGCCCUCAUUGCCAGAGAGCUAUCAGUUCCAUGAAUGAAUGCAACACACAGCCUUGCAAGAACGGUGGCACCUGCUUUGACCAGGAAGAAGGCUACAUCUGCAAGUGUCCUUUCCCGUUCAUGGGAAGGUCUUGCCAGUCCCCUUGCAACAUGCCACUGGGCAUGGAGGGAGGUGCCAUUGCUGAUUUCCAGAUUUCAGCCUCAUCUGUACAUUACAGCUUUCUGGGGAUGCAGCGUUGGGGGCCAGAGUUGGCCCGGCUCAACGCUAAAGGGAUUGUCAAUGCCUGGACUGCCAGCAACUAUGACAAGAACCCCUGGAUACAGGUGAACCUUUUGCGUAAGAUGAGAAUAACAGGCAUCAUGACACAGGGUGCCAGCCGGACAGGCAGUUCUGAAUAUCUGCGGACCUUCAAAGUGGGAUAUAGCAAUGAUGGGAACAUUUUUGAAUACAUCAAAGAACCAAACCAAUUCAGGGACCAGGUCUUUGUGGGGAACAUAGACAACAGUGGCCUGAAGACCAACAUUUUUGAUCCACCUUUGGUGGCCCAGUUUGUGCGGAUCACGCCUGUUGUCUGCCGUAGAGCCUGUACCCUCCGGUUUGAGCUUUUUGGUUGUGAAGUGGAAGGUUGUUCUGAACCUCUGGGUAUGAAGUCUGAGAUCAUCCCUGACAGUAGGAUCACUGCUUCUAGCACCUUCAAGACGUUUGGCCUAGAUGCUUUCAGCUGGCAUCCCUAUUUUGCUCGAUUGGACAAACAAGGCAAAUUCAAUGCCUGGACCGCUCAGAGCAAGGAGGACACUGAGUGGCUGCAGAUUGACUUGGGUAUCCUGAAGCGGGUGACAGGCAUCAUCACUCAGGGGGCCCGGGACUUUGGUAAUAUCCAGUAUGUAUCAGCAUACAAAGUGGCGUAUAGUAACGAUACCAAAUCGUGGACUGUAUAUAAGGACAGCAGAACGAACAGUAGCAAGAUCUUUUUAGGAAACUCAGACAACAAUUCCCACCAGAAGAACAUAUUUGAGACCCCUUUCUACUCCCGGUUUGUCCGGAUCCUGCCCGUUGCCUGGCAUGGGCGUAUCACCUUGAGGGUGGAGCUGCUGGGCUGUAAGGAGUAGAGCCUCUCCACUCGUGGAAGAGACUGGACAGGGCCUGAAGUGGGUGUGAGGUCCAAGGUCAAACUUGCUUUCUUCCCCUAACCCUGCCUCCAGCCUCUGUGCCUCACUUGCCUCUGCCUGCAUGUCCCAUGCCUCAAUCCCUGGGGACAGGAUGAGCAGUGGAGGUUCACCGCCUGAUUGUAGUUGAAACUUGGGGUGGGGUGGGGUGGGUUGGAGGGGCUUCAGGGCCCCCUGUUUUUCUCUGUAGGGGACAGGCUUCGCCUAGGGUGACCCUCACCCUCACGCUUACGCUGCUGUGGCCCCCACAGCUGUUGCACACUGGGGACCUGGGUCCAUAACCCCUACAUUGGGAAUUAUUCCAGAUUUAGUUAGUUUCAAUCAUUUUCCAAAAUCUUAAGAGUUCUGCAUAGAGUAGUAUGAUUGGUAUGCAAGAAGUCUGUGUUUAUAUGUGUGGGAAUGGGUAACAUGUAUAAGUAGGGUUUGUGUGUUAUGAAUUGCAGUGGAGAGUGGGUGAGUGUGUGUUGUGUGUGUGUGUGUGUGUGUUGUACUCACUUUCUUUCCCCAUCUACCUUUCCCCUUCCCCUCUAAGGCUUGUUUUUAGAGCCAGAAAUAUAGGGAGAGGUGAUGGUAGAAAGGCCUACUCUUCUCUUCAAGGUCUCACUACCCUCUCUGCCUUUGCUUCCUCCAGCUGUCUAAGGAAAAAAAAAAAAAAGGAUCUGCAGUGACUUUCUGUACCGAUAACCCCUAGCAGGGGUCCUCUCCCCUACCUGUCAGUUGUACAUUCUGAGGCAGGAGUGACAGGAGGGGGAGGGGAUCUUCCAGCAGGCUGACACUUGCCUCCAUCCCUUUAUCUCCUGCAGACUCUCCUGUUUCCUUUCAGUCCUCUCCUUUGAUACCCAGAAGAAGGGGAUAUUAAUUAAAAAAAAGUCCUAAGAAGGGGAUGGGGAUGGGAGUUAUAGGGUUCAGGAAAAGGGUCUGAGAAAUAUCACUUGGAGCCAAAGGAUUAGUCUAUUACCCUAAAAAAACUGACCGAGAGGGCUCAGAUGGUUGCAAGGGCUCUGAUGCCUUCUCCUUACCCUUGUGAUUGUAACACAGGGUGGGUAAUUUCUAAAAUAUAUUUAUACUUAACAACUCA